AUGUACACAUCGUCAUUUAAUGAGAAUUAUUCCGAACAAUCAUUAGCCACGUUCGAUGGUUUGUUAAAACAAACACUAUGCUCAUUUGUACGCUCUCAGAUUCUUUUCGUUGCUCUUCGCUUGGAUUUAUUUACAAAAAUUGAUGAAUCUCCGACUGGUUCAUUGUCUUAUGAAGAAAUGAAAUCACGUCAAAUAUCAUUAUCCAUGUUAUCCUAUCUCGUUUAUCUUCGUUUAUUAAAGCGAUGUACAGAUUCGAACAGUUAUGAAUGUACACCAGUGACACGUGCGUAUUUAGUUUCAUCUCGACCCAAUUAUGUCGGGUUAGGCAUUGGAGUUUGGGAUCAUCGUCGUCUGUAUACAUUUGUUCGUCGUAUGAACGAAACAUUACGAUAUGGAAUACGAACAAACGAGAGAAUAACAUCAUCUUUUUUGUUAAUUAUAAAUGCAAUGUCUAAUCAGGACCCUAUACCGAUGAACGAUCGGCGAUCGACAAUAAACUAUCAUAAAGUCGAUCAACAUAUGACAAGUCUCUUUGGUCCAUCAGAGGAUGAUGAGGAUAACAAUGAACAAGUACCUCGUUCACCAUUCGUUCUCACUGGUCUACCGCCGGAGCCCCAGGAAGGUAAUAUUGAAUAUAAACUGAAAUUAAUCGACCCGAAUCCAUUUCGACUCGAACAUUUAAUCACUCAAAUGAACUGGCGUUUGCAGGAAGGACAAGGCGAAGCAUUGUAUGAAAUCGGUGUGGAGGACUGCGGUACAUUAAGUGGUGUCAGUAGUGAGGAUUUAGAAGCAUCAUUGACAACAUUGAAAAAGAUGGCCGAUCGAUUAGGUGCGUCGAUAACAAUUCUGUAUGAACGAAAAUUAGAAAAUGAUAGACAUAUCGUCGAAGUUCUCGUACGGAAAGUGCCGGACGAUCAACACUUUAUAGACUUACGUGUUGCUGUUUUGGGUACGGUAGAUAGUGGUAAAAGUUCGUUAGUUGGAGUUUGUACGCAUGGUGAACUUGACAAUGGUCGUGGUCGUGCACGAUUAAAUCUCUUUCGACAUUUGCAUGAAAUUCAAUCAGGACGAACUUCAUCCAUAACUUUGGAAAUUCUUGGCUUUAAUAAUCUAGGACAGAGUAUUGAUUAUGGAUGUUGUCGAACAGCAAAUGAAAUUUGUGAUCGAUCAACUAAAAUUAUCACUUUCAUUGAUCUUGCCGGCCAUACAAAAUACAUGAAAACAACAUUAUUUGGUCUUGCAGCACAUGCAGCGGAUUUUGCAAUGCUUUGUGUAGAUGCACCAUCUAGCGUUGUUGACACAACACGUGAACAUUUCUCAUACGCACGAACAUUAGAUGUUCCUGUGUUUGUUGUUAUUAACAAGAUCGAUUUGUGUUCAAAGACAAGUAUUCAACAGACAAUAACUUGUUUAACUUAUUUGUUAAAACAUGGACACGGUUCGACGCAUCUUUUGCCAUUUGUUGUUCGAAGAGAAGAAGAUCUUGUUAAAGCAGCGGAUAUGUUUGUCGAGAAAAGUAUAUGUCCAAUAUUUGCGGUUUCGUGUGUUACUGGUGAAAAUAUUGACUUAUUGAAAAAAUUUCUCAAUAUCCUUCCACCACGUUUGAGUAGUAAAGACCAAGAAAGACUUUCAUUAUUACCUGUCGAUUUUCGAAUCGAUGAGAUUUAUACGAAUAAUGCAUCUGGUGCUGCUGUAGUCGGUGGUACACUGAAAAGUGGUGUCAUCAAAGAAGGUGAAAGUUAUUUAGUGGGUCCUUUAUUAGACGGUACGUUUCUACCAGCCAAAGUAACAACUAUACAUCGGUAUCGAGUACCACGUCGAAUAGUUCAUGCAGGUCAAGCUGCUUCAUUAAAUUUACUUCAUGUUGGUGGUAGUCGGUUACGUAAAGGUAUGGUACUUGUUUCAUCAGCAUCGAAUCCUGAAGCUUGUGUUGAAUUCGUCGCGGAGAUUUAUUUAACAAUGCAUCAUAAGAAUACACCGAUACGUAAAGGUUUCGAAACAACAGUUCAGAUAGAAAAUAUCCGUCAGACUGUUUUGAUUACUGAGAUGGAUAAAGAUGAAUUACAUGCGAAUAAUCAAGCAGUAGUUACGUUUCGAUUUCGAAAUCGAUGUGAAUAUGUUGCCGAAGGUUCGCGACUUAUCUUUCGAUCAGGUCAGCAGACUAAAGGCACUGGCCGAGUCAUCAAAGUUCUUCCUCAAUUAAAACAAAUAACUUAA